AUGGAGCCGAAGCCAAAGCGAAUCAAGAUUGAUGUGGCAUGUGACACAUGUCGAAGGAGGAAAGUCAAGUGUGAUGGAGCACGUCCAGGUAAGUCGUCGGUGAGGCUUUUCGACUCCGCGAGCAUACAUGUAGCGUGCGGUAACUGCUGGAAGAGGACCGAUUUGAAAAAUGGCUGCACCUACACCGCUGAGGCCGAGAAGUCGAUCUCGGGUGGUAGUAAACCUGCAGACGCGAGUCCGGGCAAUCCCGAAAGGGCAAUGCCCAAGAUUGUCCACACGCCCGAGACCAAUUUUGUGCAGCCAGUGAUGCCUCCCAUCUCGCGCUCAACUCCGAGUGCGACGCCCAAAUCGACCGCGUCCUCGGGGCCAGGCCUCACGAGGCGAGGCCGAGGGGAACGGCACUCUACCAUCAUCCCGUCCGAUGCCAGUUCGUCAGUUGUCGACUCCAUGACUACGGUCCGCGAAGAUGGUACGGUCACUAGCGAGUAUUUUGGGAGUAGCAGCGCUGGAUCUUUCACCAACCAGAUCAAAGCUGCCAUCGACGCGAGGCUGGGCUCUUCGACGACGGAGGCCGGGAGUGUGAGGAGCUCAUUCUUCCGUUCGACUCUGCCUCUUAACGGCGCUGGUCCGGGAGGGCAAGCUGAUUAUGUCCUGCCGGCUCGGAAGCAAGCUGAUCACUUGACCGAUCGUUACUGGUACUACGUCGACCCAUUAUAUCCUUUCCUGGACCGACAAAGAUUUGAGCACUCGUAUCGAGCACUGUUUGCCGGGACCUCGCUCGAUGCAGAUGAGCGCAUAUUUGUGAGCACUCUCAACAUUGUAUUCGCGCUCUCUACGCAGUUGAUCGAGUCGCUGCCUGCGGACCAGAGGGACUCGUCCAGCCAGGGAUACUUCACACGUGCGCAGGAUUUGCUACAGCUCAGUCUUUGGGAUACCGGCUCUAUCGAGCUGAUUCAGUGUCUGUUGAUAAUGAGCCAACCGAAUCUCACGCGCUUGACACUUCUAAUGUCAUUGAUGACUAGAAUGAUCGCCAUCACACAUGGACGUCCAGCAAUGAUCUCGGAUCAGAUGGCGUCAAGUGUGGUAUUUCCUUCAAUACCAGACACCAACACCACCAGCCUCGACGGAGUAAAACUAGGCGCCGUUCAGCUCCACAAGCUUCGGUAUCAGGCCUUCUUCCACAAGUCGCUCGAACUCUAUGAGGUUAUCAAUCACGCAGUUCUCGCGUUUUACUCGUCAACAUCGCCCCUCAAGUCACCUACGUAUACCAAUGGCACUAGCAGCCCGACUCAGCGCUCUGCAAACAAACCUGAGCUUGAUCUCGGGAAAGCGUUACAGCUCGAUCAGCGGUUGACGAUAUGGGAGAAGAGCCUACCCAGCUUUCUGACCGUGGCCGAGCCUGAGACUUCAUUGGAUGAAAUCUUCCGAAGACAGGCUGUAAUCCUGCGGAUCAGGCUGCUCCAUGCCCGCAUGCUCCUCCUCAGACCCAUGCUCACUCGAUUCUGCCUCUCCCAGAGUCCGGAAAGCUCCCAAGUCCAUGACGAUCUUUCAUCUCGCGUCGUUCAACAAUGUGCAAUGGUGUGCGUCGAAGCCGCACAAAGCCUCAUUUCCUUCAUCUCGCAGUUCCAGCGACAUAACAGCACCCUAGGCCUCCUCCCAGCUUGGUGGUAUCGCGUAUUCUACAUCUAUACAGCCGCUACCGUUCUCAUCGCAGCCAGACUUCGACCCGCCGUCUUCUCAUCGCUUGAUAUCUCCCGUUCGUGGAACCAGGCUAUAAGUUUGCUCCACGACCAUGAGAAUCUCGGACCUUCUCCGCGAAGAUGUGCCGCGGCGCUCCAGAUCCUUUCGAAAAAGAUGUUCCAGGGGCAGCAUCCUCAGUCGGCCGCUCCCCUCAACCCAGAAACUACUCCGGCGGUCGCCAGCAUCACCAACGAGCGGCAGGAGACCUUUGAUAUGCCCUUACCCUACUUGGCACAUGAUGCAGCAUUUGACAUGGAUGCAAUCACUUUUGACAUUAACGAUUUCUCUUGGCUUAACAGCAUGCCCGGAAGUCUAUAA